GAGUGCAGUUGCCGUCGCAUUCCCAUUCAGUUCAUUCAUAAAAUCCGGUGGUGAAUAACAGCACGUGUUAGUCAACCCUCAAGUCUCUCAUUCACGACCCCCUCGAAAAUGGCGCCUUUUUUCAUGCCAGAGUGCUGAAGUUGGCAACACAACUGGGCGACUUGAUGCGGUCCACUGUCUGUACUCAUGUCAAACCGAUCCAUUCAUUUUUUCAAUAGAACAUGGAGUAGACAGAAACAUGGCGGACGUCCCAGUGAGAGUCGAGGAAAGGCUCAAAAUUAAAAUCGGUGAAGCCAAGCAAUUACAACCUAGAUCAAACUUAUCCUCGGUUGCACGAGAUGUGUAUUGCAUCAUCUCCUUGGACCAGGAGGAGAUUUACAGAACCAAGACAGCCGAGAAAACACUCAACCCCUUUUUCGGCGAGGAGUACCAGUUUGAAGUUCCCAGGGACUUCCGUUUCAUCUCCAUUUACCUCUUUGACCGAGACAAGCACCUCAAACAAAACAAAGUCAUAGGCAAAGUGGCUAUAAAACGCGAGGAACUCUCGUCAUACAACAACCGUGACCAUUGGUUCGCCAUAAAGCCCGUUGAUGCGGAUUCAGAGGUUCAGGGUAAAGUCAAUAUUGAACUGAAAUUCUCCUCGAGCCAUCACAAGAGUAAAUGGGUGAAUUGUUACUCCCGUAACGAUCGUUUAUCCGUGCAAGUGGUGAAGUGUUUAGAUCUGACGUUGAAGAAUGGUGCUUGUGAUCCAUAUGCUGUGGCUUGUGUGACUUAUACGAACCGUAAGACAGUGUCAAAAAGGACGAAAGUGAGGAAAAAAACUACGUGUCCUCAAUUCGACGAAGUUUUUAUUUUUGACGGAUAUGAGGGGCGAGAUAAAGAUAUGUGUGGGGAGGAAGUGGAAAUCUGUGAAUUGAACGUGUCGAUUUGGCACGAUGCCCCCGGAAUGGGGGACGAUGUGUUUUUGGGUGAAGUGAGGGUGCAGCUGAGCGGGAUACAGCAGCAGAAUGCGGCGCCGAGGAAUGCGUGGUAUUUCCUUCAGCCCAGAUCGGCGAAAAAUCGUCCGUCCUUUACGUACUCGACGCCUCCCGGUACAAGAUUGUCCAAAGAUAAUUCUCUUGGUUCCCUCAGACUCCAAGUGCAGUAUAAUGAGGACAGGGUUUUUCCUGCAGAAAUCUACGAGUCUUUAAAGCAUUUGUUGCUGAAAAGUGUUGACACGAAGCCGAUUACUGCAAGUGCUGUAUACGUUUUGGGCGAAAUCAUAUCAAGUAAGAUGGAAAUUGCCCAACCUUUGGUUAGGAUAUUUAUGCAUCAUGGUCAAAUUGUUCCCAUCAUCAAGGCUUUGGCCGACGCCGAAAUUUCGAUGUUGACGGAUCCGACUACGAUAUUCCGUGGUAAUACUCUCGUUUCGAAAAUGAUGGAUGAAGCGAUGCGUCUCAUUGGUCUUCAGUAUCUACACAAGACUUUACGUCCAACAAUCGAGCUCAUUUUUAAUGAAAGAAAACCGUGUGAAAUCGAUCCAACACGCGUCCGUGAUUCCAAUACCGUCCAAACAAAUCUCAACAAUCUCAAAACUUACGUCCUCAAAGUUUUUAAAGCAAUAACUCAAAGCGCUAUUCAUUGUCCAGCUCUCAUGUGCCAGAUAUUUUACAAUUUGAAGGAAUGUGCGAUGAAACGGUUUCCUGAAAAUAAAGAAGUCAGAUAUUCAGUCAUUUCAGGAUUUAUUUUUUUGAGAUUUUUUGCACCAGCGAUAUUAGGACCACGACUUUUUGACUUGACAAAUGAACAAAUCGAUAGUCAAAUAAAUCGGACACUGACAUUAAUUUCGAAAACAAUCCAAUCGCUAGGCAAUCUUGUGAGCUGCAGGUCGAGUCAGCAAGUUUGCAAAGAGGAAUAUAUGGAGUCAUUGUAUAAAGAAUUUUACACCGAGACUCAUGUCACAGCAGUUCGACAAUUUUUGGAAAUUAUCUCAGCCAUUUCGAAUCCGGAAAAUCGUGAUAACGACACACCUGUGACUUUGAAAGAGGGACUGAUGAUAAAGCGUGCUCAAGGACGAAAAAGGUUCGGAAGGAAGAACUUCAAGCAGAGAUAUUUCAAAUUGACAACUCACAAUUUGAGUUAUGCUAAAAGCAAAGGCAAAGAGGCACUGUGCCAGAUACCUCUGUCGAAUAUUUUGGCUGUGGAAAGGCUAACUGAGAAAUCGUUUAAGAUGAAAAACAUGUUCCAAAUCGUUCAAGAUGGACGUACUCUGUAUGUCCAAGCGGCCAAUUGUGUCGAAGAAAAAGAGUGGGUGGAUUUGCUCACGAAAAUGUGCCAGAAUAACCAAAAUCGGCUGAAUCAGUAUCAUCCGUCCGCAUUUAUUAACGGGAGAUGGUCAUGUUGUGAGUCCCCGAACGAGUUGGCUCCGGGUUGUAGCAAAGUGUCAUCGAGUGAUAGCAAUAAUUUUCACAUUACCUUGGAUCCGGAGAGGGAGUUGCAAAGGAUUCAUUCGUUGAUUAUGUCUCAUAUGAAUCAACUGGAGUUGAUUAUGUGCCAACCUGAGGCGUUCAUGAAAGAUAUUUUACAAUUUAAAACUUACGGAAAUCAUGACGUCAAGCAGUUUUUUAAGGUGGUAAGUGAGUUGCGAGAUGUCGCUGCGAAAAUUGAAGCCAAACAUAAGACAUAUAUGCGGACCUUAGCCAGAGAUACGAAAUAUGGCAGCUUAGCUGCCCCCAUAGGUGACGAUAAUUAUUUAUUGGCAUCCAGAAUGAAUCUUGAUUCGUUGCUAUUAAGGCGAUAAAUACUUCCGGCACUGUACAAAAUAACCUAAAAUCUCAAUUUGAAGACUGCAAACUUAAUGUUAAGCAAUUAAAGAACACCAGUGUAUUAUUCUAAAAGAAGUUAAUCUUAUUGAAGAUUUUAAAUUAGUUGUUAAGGUUCAAAGACAAUCAAGUUAUAUUUAGUUUUUCCAAUGUAUGUAUAUUUACGAGUAUGUUAUUUUUAUUUUUCUUUGUAUUAAAUGAGUACAAAUAUGUUGUAAAAAGCGUGUCUUAUAUAAAUACAUCCUUAUAAUAAAUGCAGGGUUGUAAUUUUAGGGAAAGUCGAGAAUUUGAAUUAUUUUUAAUAAAACAUUUUAUCCAUAAAAUAUGAAGCGAGUUCUUUAUAAGGAUGAUAUUUUCUGGGUACUGUAUAGUGUAAAUAUUUAGAGGCCAUGAGCACAGGGCAUUUAUAAAUUGAGUUCAUUUAUAUUUUUUUCAAGUGUUUGUUAUUUAAAUAACAGCUUUUUUAAUCGUUUUUUAAUUUUAUAUUAAUGACGUUUUUAGCAUAGCUUCUUUUUCUUGUCCAAUUUUCUUGAUGUAGGUAUAUCCCGAAGCAGUCAAACUUGACAUUAUUGACAUUAUACCGCUUAGUAGCUAUAAACUCCAUAUAGAAAGUAGGAGGAAAAUUGUAAAUUUCGUUUAAUAUUCUGUAAAGUGGUGUUUUUUAAUAUAAUUUGCAUUUAAUGUAAUUUUAAUGAUUUUUGUUUUUAUUAACUUAUUAACAUUUUUGCAAAAUUGUUUAAACUGUUCAUGUUGAUUUAAGUGUUAUCAAAUUUUAGGACUUAUUCCAAUAAAUUUUAUGUUUAUUUUA